UAAAACUAAAGGAAACAAAACAUUACAUCUAUAUAAUGCCCGUGACCUUCUUUCAUCUUUUUAAACAAAUCUUCACUCCAACGUCCUCUACACAAAUAUGAGUGGCGUCCAUACACUUCUACUCUUCAUUUGCAUCACUCAUUUAUUCGCCGUCCACGGCGAACAAAUCAUUCGGAGAGAUGAACUUGAGAUAAUCAUUGGUGGCGGCGGUGCAACUCCCUCACCGCCGCCUGAUGAUCAAAAUUGUCCCCCACCCCCUCCCCCUCCAUGCCCACCGCCACCUACACCAAAACCAUCGCCACCACCACCAAAACCACCACCACCACCAAAAUUGUCGCCACCACCACCAAAACUGUCGCCACCACCACCAACAAAGCCGCCGCCAACACCAAAACCAACAAAGCCGCCACCUCGGCCGUCAAGUGGUUUCGAGAGUGAGCGAAUGAAACUAGUCUUCCCAGUUAUCCAAAAAUUUAAACUAAAAGUGAGAGAUGACCCCAGAGGAAUUACCAAUACAUGGAAGGGCAAAAAAAUUUGCCGAGACUACAAAGGAUUCGUGUGCGACACGGUCCCUGGUUACAACCAAACAGCCCUCGCGGGCGUCAAGUUCAACAACUUUAAUUUCGGCGGCCCAGAUCUAACCCUCACCGAGUUCCUCAUGGGCUUGCCAGACAUAGUAUUCUUCCAUGCGAACUCCAACAACUUUAUCGGCUCGAUUCCACCUGAGCUCAACAAACUCAAGUAUUUCUACGAACUCGACCUCAGCAACAACAAAUUCUCGGGCAACUUCCCGUACCAAGUCCUCCGCGGCAACAAGUUACUAUUCCUCGAUCUGCGGUUCAACAAAUUCGCUGGUGUAGUCCCUCCGGAAGUCUUCGGUCUCAACCUCGAUCUACUGUUCAUCAACAACAACAAAUUCAUCCAAAAACUACCCGACAACCUCGGCCAAACCACCGCGCUUUACCUAACUUUAGCGAACAACGAAUUCAUCGGCGGGAUCCCACCGAGCAUCGGGCAGGCUUCCAACACCCUACUCGAGGUUCUUUUCUUGAACAACAAGUUAACCGGAUGCUUACCGUACCAGAUCGGGUUACUGAAAAAGGCUACCGUGUUCGACGUCGGGUCCAACUACUUAUCGGGCCCAAUCCCGCUCUCAUUUCAGUGCUUACGGAAAAUGGAGCUACUGAACCUGGCGAGGAAUAAGUUUCAUGGCGAGGUGCCGGAGGCGGUGUGUGGGUUACCCAAGUUGUCGAAUUUUACGGUUUCGUAUAACUAUUUUACGCAGGUUGGGCCGCAGUGUCGGGAGCUGAUUAAGAAGGGGGUUCUAGACGUGAAGAUGAACUGCAUUUUGGAUCUUCCGCACCAAAGGACGCCGGAGGAGUGUAACCAUUUUUUUAGUACGAUUGGGCGAUGUCCGAAUGAGAAAAUGCUCACUUAUGUGCCUUGCACAGGAGGGUAUUCGAGUUAUCAGUUGGAGUCGUUGGAUGUUGCAAUGAGUGGUCCCACGACGGCACCUGGACCGGCGCAGGGUCUAGGACGGGCAAGUUAUGGUGCACUUUCCCCGCAUUAACUUGUGGAUUCGGGUGUGUAUAAUUGGGUGUAAAGUUGUCUUUCUUAUUUUUCGGUACGUAAAAUAAAUAAAUAAAUAACAAAGGCAUGCAGUCCAAUGUUACUAAGGUAUUAAAAUGGGAAGUUACGUUGAGAUUUCUCGGUGUAGAUUUAGAAGUUUUUCGUUUAAUUAAUAACUAAGUGAUUUGUAUUCUUUUUCCAAAGUUCAGUGAUAUAUAUCAAGUGUUUCUCACUUCCUUUU